GUCUUCUUCAGCUGCACUCAAACAAAAGCCACUCAACCGCUACUUAUUUUCAAAACCCAUAUCAGCGAGCUCGCUUCCAACUCACUGAAUCGACUCUCAUCUAGGUCAUCUUCUUUCUCUUAUCUUGCUUCCGUGGUUCCUUAAACUCAAUCCUCAACCAUCCAAACAUAUCUCUCCCCCUUAUUUCGUAUUAGUAGAACCCAAAAUUAAAUCCCCAAAUUCUUUCCCUUUCUUAAAUUCCGCAGCAUUCUCACCUACAUCUGAAUUUGGGGAAAUUUGGGGUAAAAUGAGUGAUGUGAUCUCAACGGUGGCUGAUGCUCCGGCGACAGACGCAAAGGGCAGCUCCGAUGCUGCUCGGAUUGCAGAGGUGAAGGCGUGGCUUGCUUCUCAGUUUGAUGCUGCCGGAAAAGAUGUCCCGGAUUUUGAAUACACGCAUCGGAGUGUCGCUCAUCUCUACAAUCUGGCCACCGUUUCCCAAGCCAAGACUCAGGCUGCCAACAUUGUCGCCAAUGAUUUCCGUCAGAAGGCUGCGGAGUAUCGAUCUCAAGCUGCCAGGAUACGAGAGAUAUUGGAGAACGUAGGAUUGGCACAGGAGACUUUGCCAUCAAAUGUGGUUUCAUCAGCUCAAGUUCUCGCAAAUGUAGCGAAUUUGUUGAAUAUUAGAGACACUGAGCUCAGUAGUUUUCUUGUAGCAAUGGGUGAUAUAUCAUUGAGAAAAACUGGAGUAGAGGAGAAGAGGGCCAAAGUACAAAAAGAGUCCAAAAUUCUUCUCGAUUAUACUCGGAAGGCAAUUCAAAGGCUAACCUAUUUAAAAAGGACUCUGGCACAGCUGGAGGAUGAUGUAGCUCCUUGUGAGGCUCAAAUGGAAAAUUGGAAAACAAACUUGGCAGUUAUGGCAUCCAAGGAGCGACAAUAUCUGCAACAAUAUAACAACUAUAAAGCAUUACUUAAUCGUGUUGGCUACACCCCUGAGAUUAACCACGGGGUAUUAGUUGAAAUGGCUGAGCAUAGGAAGGACUUGGAGAAGAAGACAAAGCCUAUCCUGGAUACUUUGAGGAGCUACCAAGACUUACCUCCGGACAAAGCAUUGGCUGCUUUGGCAAUUGAGGACAAGAAGAGGCAGUAUGCUGCCGCUGAAAAAUAUCUUGAAGAUGUAUUGCAGUCAGCUCUUGCUACUUCAGAUUAGUAACCUUAUUAAGCAUAAUUUGUUUGCACGUUACUAUCUCAUUUCUGCAUGUUAUCCUCUCCUUACUGGACAACUUGUCUAGCUUAUCUUAGCCGAAAAGGCAAAGCUGCCGAUCCUCUGUAUCUAAAUGAAAUGAUGCUGAGCUUAUUUGAUUGUUUAAUGGGAUCUUAUUUUUGUUCUUGUUUUGGAAUAUAGCAACAGAGAUUUC